UAUGACGUUGUUGUUGUAGAUUUAAUAGAUCAUUUUUCGUGCGAAGUAAUGUUUUGAUUUUGAACACGUAUACUUAUUUCUGUAGGUAAAAAUAAAAAGAAAUGGCUCACAGAAGUCACAUAAAUCCAUUUAUAAAAUGAAUCAUUGGCAUAGAAUUGAGAGAGUAAACACAUAAACAAAAUGAAAAGCAUGGUAUGGUUGGCUUUGUUGUUGACACUCUCUGCGGUGGAGUUUCUACAUGCACAGUUAACUUGGGAAAAACUUCCAGUAACUGGGGCUGCUCCUCCUGCGAGAAAAGAUCAUGCGAUGGGUUACGACGGCAUGCGAAACAGAAUUCUAAUAUUCGGUGGUAGAGCGUCAAACGAAGUCGACGUUUUUAACGACACUUGGGCGUAUGACGUCACCAAUAAAAAUUGGACGAAAAUAGAUACGACGACGGCAGCGCCUGAAAAACGUUUUAGCACAGUGUACGGUGUCAGCAAUGGCUACUUUUAUGUAAGCACUGGCCAAGAAGCAGAAAACCUUUACGAUGAUAUCUGGCGUUUUGAUCUGUCCACCAACACAUGGAAAAAACUCAAUCCAUCUGGAAAGAAACCAGGUCAAAUUUACGGAGCCGGGGGUGGUUUCUACACAAACACAAGCACAAAGUUUUAUCUGACUCACGGGUUUUCGGCAUCUGUUCGUUAUGCCAAUACUCUGGUUUACGAUACGGAAUUAAACCACUGGACUGAGAUAUUUCCAGAUAAGAGCUCUUACUCGUAUGGCCAUCCUAACUCGAGGUGUCUUCAUUCUGGCACUAUGGUAGCCGAAGACUUACUUCUUAUGUAUGGAGGUUGCUUGAGCGGUGGGAUGACAGGAGGAGCUUGUCCAGCUUUUGACUCAUGGAUGUUUUCAACCAGCAAACAAUCGUGGACUCACCUACACGACUGUGCAUCUCCUCGUACGUAUUCUAGCCUUGCUCUGCUUCCAAUGGUUGGCGAGCAAAGGCGAGUUGUUUUGUACGGAGGAGGCGAGAAAAAUAAUCAAGUUUUAGUCGUUGAUAAAGCUGAGAAGGAUCAAGUUGCCAUCUUUAAUGUAAACAAAGAAGAAUGGGAAUUAAAAAGAGCAAGUGGAACAGCUCCAGAAAAGCGAGUUGGUGCCUCGAUGGUUCAACAUCCAGAGGGCGUACUCAUGUCUGGUGGAAUAGCUGGUGACGAAACUGACAUCUGGAUAUUAAGAGGUAAUUCGACCUCAAGUGACCAAGCACCAAAGCAUUCCCAAACUUGCAAGAAACCGUUCGCAGGCAUUUUUAACCUAGUCAUGUUGCAUGGAAUUUUUAUGGUACUUGGAUGGGGCUUGUUUUUGCAACUUGGUGCAUUCAUCGCUCGUUACUUCCGACACAAAAAUCCACUUUGGUUCCACUUGCAUCGCCUAUGUCAAAUCACCGGUCUCAUUUUAGCCCUGGCGGGUUUAAUUUGCGCCGGCGUAUCUGUUCGCUUUGAUCACUUUAAGUUCGCCCAUGGAGGAAUUGGAUUAUUUGUGAUGCUUGUGGGUAUCUUACAACCAAUCAAUGCAGCUAUACGACCUCAUGUAAAACCCAACGAAGAGAAGGAAUUGAAACGCAAGGUAUGGGAAGCCUUUCACAUCAAUUUAGGUAGAAUUGCGUUAAUCUUGGCCGUCGUGAAUAUAUCUUUGGGCUUACUUCAAGGUCAAGCGCGCGAAGGACAUCACAUCGCGUGGCAUGUUUAUGUUGCCUUGUUUGUACUGGCGUAUAUUUUUAUGGAAGCAAGGCUGAUAUAUAAAAAAGUAAAGGUGAACGGUGAGGACUUUGAAAUGCGACAGAAAUAAAAGUUUAUAUUGUGAGUUUUGUAAAAUAUAGCUGUUUUUAUCCGGGCGUCUAUUUUCAUGAUGCCGAAGUGAGAUUUGAUACGAGCGUUUUUUGUUGUGUUUUUGUUGUUGUUAAAGUCUCCUUCUGGAUCAACAUAAGUUCCAAUUGGGUUUCAUUACAAUACGUUUUAAGUUUGAAUGAAUUUUUUACUGUUAAUUCUCGGAACCAACCUCGUUCCCAGGCACUUUGCUUUGUUGCUCAGGGACCACAAGACCCUGGGGACGAGGUUGUCUGGCAACAUUAAAUUGGUAAUUAAGGGAAUGAUUGUUAUAAAAGAAACCACUAACUAAUCGCUUUCCAAUGAAUAUUUCAUCUUUUUAAAAUUAUGUUCUGUCCCAACCUCCCUAGGACUAUUAUCUAAAUCGCUACCUGAUAUCGUAAAAAGCAAAAUGAUGUACUGGGAACGAGGUUGAUACCGCGUCUACUGUUUUCCACAUACAAACAAGGUUUUUAGUAUGUUGUUUUGUAUUUUUCUGUGAUUUUUCGUUGUUUUAAUAUUGUAUGUACGAUUGUAAAAAAAAAUUGAACAUGUAUAAAUAUAUAUUCUUCACAAUUGA